AUGGCUACAGUACUGAUACCGCCGUCGUUCUUCCAGGAGACGCGCAUCUCUCCGACACCUUGCUCGCCCUCUAGCAUCCUGCACAUCAACGCCGCGGGUAAUGCAUCGACAGCAGUUGGCCGCAAGCGCGCGUUCGACGAAAUCAGCGGGCUGGACGAGGAGAGCUAUGCGCGAAAACAUCUGGCUACCGAGGGCUCCAUCUUCUUCCGCUCCGCAGACAAAACACCGCGAAGUUUUCUCUGGCGCGUGCUGAACAACCGACAACUGCUGGAGGUGCAAUGCGUGGACUUGGUGCAGCCCACCAGCGCAAAAGGUGCGAGCGACAGCUGGCUGACAUUCCACAUCACGCUGCCCGCGCCCAUUGUGCCAGGUGGUGUGGUGCUGGCAGACGCGACGGAGAAGGAUGCGCUAGAGCUGUUUGUUGUCACGAGUGUUGGAGGAAAAAGCGAGCUAUACACCAUCACCUUGAGGAGGGAUCUACUGCUACGGGAGACGGUGCCGGUCGAUUUUGACGGAAAGACAUGUGUACGGGCAUUCACGCCGAGCCGAUUCAACUACAGCAAACCAUACCGCCUUACUGCUWCCAGCAAUCUGGAGCUGUUCGUUUCGCUGCAUGAUGGAGGGCUGGUGAGGUUGCAGAGAUCUGCGAGUGAGAGCGGUAGCCAGUGGAGGGAGACCACCUUUAGCGAGGGUGGCUGGCUUGACUAUCUGCCAUUCCGAAGCGCACCGUCUGUCGACUACCAUGGAGGGAAGGUCAGUGCCAAUGCGAUCGCCGCGAUGGCCAUCAGUCCGGAUGGGGUCUUUGUCUGGACCGUCAGUCUGGAUCAUACGCUCAAGGCGUGGGACACGCGCACAGGCAAAGUUGUCGUCGAGACAGACCUGUUGGGAGAGAAUCUCACGCUCGAGGAGAAGAAGAAACAGGCCAAUACACCCAUGGGCGCCGAGCAGGGCACUCUUCUCCAAGUUGGACCGCCAGCGAUGGACACAAGUCUUUUCGAUUACUCUUUGAUUGUCCAUUCGCCAAGAGACCACCAAUUCAAGAUCUAUGGCAUCAAAAAUGACACAUCCCAGGAGGGCAGCAUCCCGCAAUUUCUCGACAUGCAGCCAGGUCGCAAGCUGAUACCACCCAUCGACGAGCUGCUGAAUACCAACAUUUGGCACCUGGAGCAGUUCUACGUCAAAGCCAAUCCAGACUGGCAGAGGUCGCAGUUGUGGUUGCGAGCGAGGAGCGGUGCGAUCUGCAAGACGUUUACCUUGACAUUUGACCUGCUCGACCGCCUGGGCUCACCAAUCGAUCUCACAGACAACUUCGCGUCCAGAUGGAGCGUGGUGGAUUCAUCAUCACUCACCACCGACAAGCUGAGACAAUUGCCUGAGUUUCAGGGUUUAGAGGCUAUCACCGACAGUACGACUACCCCUAGUGAAAAGUGGCUUGGUUUCCUCUUCUUUCCUGGCCGUUACAGCCCUGCUUCGCUUGAGACUGCGCUGUACAUCUAUCGCAAAGGCCGCAAUCUUCCAGUCACUUCCAGCAGCAAAGGUCUAAAAGCUACAGAGGAUCCUUUGAAAGAACGUAUCACGAACGCUGUGGCGGCGAAGAUUCUGCUACGCCGUCUGCCAAAUGAACAGCCCGACUACGAACGAUAUCAGCACGAUUUGCAAGCGCAAUGGGUAACGUUCUUCUCGCUGCUCUCGCACCUGCACAAUCGCCGACAUGAGUCUAUUGGAUCUGCGUUUGAUGCAGCGCAUGACCUUGCGUGGACAGUGUGUGCUGACUUCGUCGCGCCAGUGCGAACAAGCAGCAGGUAUGACCUUUUGAGCCACAACGCUGAGCUGUGCAUGAGUGACGGACUGGAGAAAUUGGAUCCGACCAUGGAUGCAUUGAUUUGGGGAAGCGGCGACGACAUUCUCAUAACACAAAUCCUCGCAGUCGCUAAGAAGUUCAGAAACUGCCUCUCGCCGACGGCACAAGAGAAUUUGAGGAUGACUGCCACUGUCAAUGCUAUUGAUCGCAGCGAGGACGUUCCGACAGAAGAGGGUCUGCAGCUCCUAUACGAUCGCUGCGGCUUCGCCAACGAGGUCAGUGACGAAGAUUUCGAGGCAUUGGAGCUGGCGGCGUCACAGUUUCACGGCCUGGGUACGCUGAGUGACGAUUCGUUCCUUGCAGUGCUGGAGGUGCUCGACCAAGCGCCCGCACCACAUGGCCCACAUGCGAAUCUCACUCUCGGUCGUUACGGAAAGGAUGUCAACAUUGCCAUCGCCAAGGAGAGUAUCCAGCAGAUGCAGUCCGCGCUUCUGGAUGUUCUAGCCCUGAUUGUAUUUAUGACAUAUGAGCUUGAUGAGGACGGUCUCUCGCCAGAGUUUCGAGCCAAGGACUUGUACGAAGCAUUCAUGCUGAGGAUCAAGGUCACUGAGCUGCGUCUCUGGCUUGUUAGGAACGUACGCCAGGAGCCUGUGCGCGCGAGUACGAAACCUUCGGACAUGAUCUCGAUGAGCAUCUACGAAAGUCUGUUCGCCGGCGAUUGGACUGUCAUUGCCCGUAAGAAAAAUCAGUCAGAUGGCUUAUCAAGCUUGUUGACGUCUUGGGCCUUACAUUGGACCUUUGGCAUCGACAUUAACAAGCAGUGGAGCGAGAUCACAACAUGGGCUAUGGCAGAUCUGCUUCGACACAAGGAGAUCGAGCUCGCGGCAGACUUUGUCAAGUUCUUGCCGGAGAACGAUUCUGCUUGGGCAACAUACCUCGAAGCCCGCCUUCACCUCGCACUGGGAGAAUAUGCGCAGGCGAACCUGGCAUUCAUCGAUGCUUCGCACGACAUGUCGAAUGUCCCAAACGCGAAUGUCAAUCUGAAAGGCGAGCUUCUCACUCCGGAAGACCUGCUUCUCAUCGGCAAAGGUCCAUCCCCGUACUUCCGACACGUUCUAUCGCUGUUUGAACAGCUGAAGGUGUACUCAUACACUGCGGACUUUGCAUCCCUCGCACUGCAAUACUUGCCAUCGCGGAAGGACAUUGUCCGCCACUUUGACGAGUUGGACAUGCGCAAGAGCAAGACAGACAGUCCGCCCAUUGAGACCGUAAGGAACUCUGGGCACGAGAUCAAACUCAUGCAGCAGCAACAAACCCGUGACGACAUUCUUGGGCGCCUGUUUAACGCACUGGUGCAGACUGGGAGGUAUGAACAGGCAUACGCUGCUCUGGUGGAGAUGAUGGAUCCCAUGGUGAAGCGCUCCAAUCUGAGGAUCCUCGUCAAGGCAUGUACAAAACGUAACGACUCCGCAGGCGCAAGCGUGCUCCUCAAUUUGAAUAUCGAGGGGGAUUUGUUGAGAUAUGCGGACUCUAUUCUGCUCGAGCUGGCUAGAGACGCAAUGGGCAAACACCCUGCUAUCACCUCCAGUGCAGCACCGGCUUACCAUCAGAUCCUCUUCUCGUUCCGUACAUCGAACGGGGAUUUCCGCGGUGCUGCUGCCAUAUUGUACGAACAUCUCGAGCGUUUGAGGAAUAGCAAAGGCGCGAUGGCGCAGAUCAUCCAGGAUCCUGAAGAUGAGACGCUAGUGAGAGUCUACGCCUUGCUGAUCAAUACCAUUGCGUGCUGCGGUGAGCAGGAGGCAUGGUUACUGGCAGAUCCUAUCGAGGGCGUGCAUCCCGAAGGAAGAAAGAGGAAGCUCGUCAGAUUGGAGGAUGUUCGGAGGGAAUACAUGGCUGAGUUGGACAGGAGAAACGAUCUGGCCAUGGGGAGAUUCGCAAUCACGGGCGAUGAUGAUGAUAUGGUUUUCUAG